UUCUGAUGCCGGUCUUUACUUGCGUAACUUCACAGACGGACAAUAUACUUCAAAACUUACUAUAUUUUACAUUUGCGACAAUUUCAUCUUCGUGAAAACAGCGUAGUUUUCGGGAGAAAGAAAUCGGAUUCAGUGGUCCAACAUAAACACGUAUGGAAUUUUAACCACAUAUUGUUGAUAUUUGUGGUGAAAACACAUGAAGUUUUGAAACUUUCUUCAGUUUGUUUUGUUGGGCAGAAAUGGGCUUAAUCGACUACAGGUAAAGAGGUGAUUUUGGUAGCUUAAAGCUAUGGGCUGCGGAGCUUCCAAAGUAACGCCACAAACUAAAGAAUUCGAAGAUCAACCUCUUCAUGCCAACGGAGGAAACAGGAUCAAAGACGACUCGGUAUCAAAUGGGCAUGCACACUUGUCUAAUGGCAAGGCAACUGCGACAAAAUCGAACGGAAACGCAACUGGACUAGCAAAUACUGAGAAAAAUGGAGAUAUAAAUCACAACUCAAGGAAAAAAAGAGAUUCCGAUCAUUCAAAUGGUGACGUUUUAAACAAAUCCGGUCAAGAAACAAAACAUUCUCAGCCUUUGAACGAGAACCGCAAUGAUAACACACACCCUCAAGUUUCCAAAGCGGUGGCUUUUGAUAUUGUACUCGGACAAAAUGAUUCUGAUAACGCAUCAACUAUACAGAUGCCAAACCGACCACCUCGUCGGCUAAAGAAAAUUGAGAGUGCACCAGUUUUGACCAAAGAAGCAUUAGAACAAAGGCAAGCUGUGGCAGAGUUAAACAGGCAAAAGGAGUUGGAGAAGAAAGUCAAAGUUAUGUCUAAAAGACGAACAGAACUUCUCAUGGCAAGAGAAAUGGACAAAGCCCAGCAACAGAAAGCAGAGUUAGACGAAAAACUCACGGCAUCAGAGAGAAAUAGAGAAAAACACCAAGCUGAAAUCAAAGCCAAACAGAGAAGAAGAGAGGAAAAGGCAAAAAGAGUUCGCAAUAAAGCUAAGCAGAUCAAAGAUGGUGAUGAUGUAGUUGGCCUUGCUGUAGAUCAUGAUGAAACAUAUAAUGCAGAUGAAGAAGGUAAAAUAAUUUAA